CUCUGAAAUUCGCCACGUCGCGCAAGAUAUGACUACAGCCCCAACCGCCUUAUUCUGUAACCGCCGCGGCCCAACAAGACGAGGUUGGCUGCCAACCGCUGCCAACAUCGAAGUUGAGCAUUCCACUUCCAAACGGAAAGCCCUCAACAAGAGCCGCUGGCUGAUCCGACUGCAACGACUCUCUCCCACAUACCCCAGUACAUAUCCCUCACAAUGAACCCCGCCAUCACCAACCUGAUCGUGGUCUUUGGGCUCAUGCAAGUGGCCAACAAGUUUGAGCUCGACAAGGAGGAGAACACCCCCUACCUCCGUGCUGCCUACCUCGGCAUGCAGAUCGUCUCCGUUAUUGUUUGGGGUCUCAUUUACAGCAAGGUCGUCGCUGCUAAUGACCAAACACCACUAGUCUACACGGAGGCGGCGAACGCUCUAGACCCCAGCAACACAACCACGAUCCGCACCACCGUCAAAGACUACGACAUCAAAAAGAUCAUCGAGCAGCUCCGCUCGCAGGCCAUCGCCGCAGCCAUCCUCGGUCUCAUGCACUUCAAGUUUGGAUACCUCCGCCCCCUUCUCUUGCAGUCCAUCCUCGGCUUCAAGGCUCUUUACUCGACUCAGCUCGUCCAGAUCCAUUUGUUGGGCAAGCAGCCAGUUGCGGAGUUGGUUAGGCCUUGGAAGGCCGCUAACCCUUUCGGAGAAACCGUCAAGCCAACAACCGAAAAGGAAAUCAAGGCCAAGGAGAAGCGGGAAGCCAAGAAGAAGGCCAACCACCAGGACUAA